GUUGCGAAGUGACGUGUCUCUAAUCGCGAUAAAUUGUAUCUAAAGAUUCGCAUCGACUAUUUCGAGCACCGUGUAUGACUUUCGUGCGCCACCAUCGCGUCUCUCAUGGCUUAAAGAUUGCGUGGUGUUCGAAACUCUAACAUGGAAAGGGAGAAGCGUCAAAGAGUAAGGAUGCCGCAGAUGGUCGUGAGCGGAGAGAAGGGUGAGGGGUGCGUGAAGUUGAAGGCCGAGGUCGCGGGCGCGGGGGCGACGGCGGUGGGGCGUAUGGUGGACUCCAGCCAGGCCGACGACCGCAAGCUGAUCCGCUUGGUGCGCGAGCGGAGACUGCUGUAUGCGCGGAACAACAUGCCCGUGGCGAGCUACUACACGCAGGUGAAGAACCUGUGGGACGACGUCGCCAUGAAGAUGGACUGGAGCGUGGCAGACGUACGAAGGAAAUGGUCCCACAUCAGGAAUUCGUAUUCCCGCCAUCUGCGGAACGAGAUGCACGGUGCCUGUACCAGCAAGGGGCGAAUGGUGUCACGCUGGUACCUCGCCGACGAGCUGGAGUUUCUGCGGGAGCACAUGGCGACCGACAUGAGAUCUUCUCCUUACCCGUACGCGCCUACUUUACUGGAAAUGGAUCUCAACAAGCCCCCCACUUCAGAGCCAGUCGACGUGAAACCGUUCAUUCCUAACCCAUGGUUCGCGCUGAACACCACGUCAAAAUCACCGGCCUUGGAGCACAAACCGCCCUCGACACACAAUGAUGACAGCUCCUGUUCAACGGCAUUCUCCCCGGAUGAAAACACAUCCUUCUUCCAAUUCUUCCGAGGCAUUCACAGCGAUUACUUAGAAUUACCUGCAAAGAAACAAAGACGGUUUAAGAGAAAAUGUUUAAAUUUCCUACACGAACUGCUGGAUGAAGAAGACAACGAUGAUCCAAUACUAGAUUACGCGCACCAAGACGACGUGUUGAAUCUGUCCAACACAGGUCACGUAAGCGAAGACGACAAAGACGUCAAACCCGUGGUGGAAGACGGCUACAUCCUUCCCAAUAACUGAUAGUCAGACAAUGUAUUGUUACGGUUCGAUGUCUCCCGGUGCUCACUUGUGUGAAACAUCCAUUAACAUAUAUAGCUCGUGCAAGUUCCUAAGAUAAUGUUAGUCAAUAACUAGAUAAAUAUAUUAUGUUAAAAGAUCUUUUAAGAAAUAAAUCUAUUUUAUAUG